AUGACGCACAGUUUUGCAAAGGGAAGCGCUACGUCUUUCAAGCAGAGAGUGGUCAACCUCUUUCAGAUCUACAAACGCGAUCUGUUCUUCUCCUUUGUGGCUCUGACGGCGCUUGGCAUUGUGUUUCGCCGGGAGUUGAUGGUGCACGGCGUGGUCGGCGCGCCAAGGCAGGUGGAGGUACUGCCCAAAGUAGGGCGCGAGUUUGGUAAGGGCAAGCACCGCAAUAAUAGUGCCGAAGACACAUGA